AUGUCUCAAUCUACUGAGAUUCCACCACGAGCAACGACAACAACAUCAUCCUCCUUUUCAGAUUCGAACAUGCCAGAAUUUGAUCCAGAUAUAGGAAUUUUGGUACAUCCAAUGAGAUUCUUGAAGAUUUGA